ACAAACCAAAUAUAUCCACAGGACAGCACUCUGCUGUUAGUAAGUGCGUAUCUGGGUGAAGACUGGCACUAGAGAAGUAGAGUAGAAGCAAUCAGAUGACUAUGAAGUAAGAAAGUUCCUGAUUUUUGUUAUAUAGACUGAAGGGGAUAAACAAAGGAGUCUGGGAUGAACUUUGCUCUGGGCUUCAAAUCAGCGAUGGGAGACUCUAGUUCAAUGGAGAACCUAGAAAAGCAGCUCAUCUGCCCCAUCUGUCUGGAGAUAUUUACCAAGCCUAUGGUCAUCUUACCCUGCCAGCACAACCUCUGCAGCAAGUGUGCCAAUUAUGUUUUUCAGACCUCCAACCCCCUUUGGCAAAACCGGGGCUCUACCUCUGUGUCUACAGGGGGGCGUUUCCGUUGCCCAUCCUGUCGUCAUGAGGUGCUAUUAGACAGGCAUGGUGUAUAUGGCCAACAGAGGAACCUAUUGGUGGAGAAUAUCAUUGAUAUCUACAAAUCAGAGUUUACCAGGCCACUUCUGCCCAAAACAGAGCAAAAACAGCUGAUGUGUGACCAGCAUGAAGAGGAGAAGAUCAACAUCUACUGCCUCACUUGUCAAACGCCCCACUUUUUGAUCUUGACAGAGCUAAGUGAUGCCAUUUCCAUCUUGGUGGCCGGAAAUGACCGAAUACAGGCACUGGUCUCACAGAUGGAGGAUAUUUGUAGGACCGUCAAGGAGAAUAGUAGGCGUCAGAUGCAGCACAUCUAUGCAAAGUUUGAUGAACUUUAUGGCAUCUUGGAAGAGCAUAAAAGAGAACUAAUAGAGAGCAUCGGCCGUGAACAGGACCAAAAAUUGGGCCACGCCUACUCCCUCAUUUGUCGCCACGGAGACCACUUGGAGAUGUCUGUCAAACUGGUGGAGACAGCCAUCCAGUCCAUGGAGGAACCUCAGAUAGCUGUGUUCCUGCAGGAUCACAGACACUGCCAAGGCCUCCAACAUUGAAUGGCCAGAGGCAGGCUAUGAGAACAUGGCCCGCUUCAUCAUUAACACAGAGGAUGUGGCUGACAUGCUGAGAGGCAUCGACUUCCAAACAGGAGAGAGAAAGUCAUAUGGGUUUGGAAUGACUUAAGGCUGAAUCAAUGAUGGCAAAAUUUCCAUUACUGGGUGAAGAUGUGGGAAGACAGCAGUUAUGAAGACCCUGAUGUUCUGUUUACCUCACCUGCCCAGAGUGGUGAAUCAGAGAGACGUUAACUUAUUUUUAGUCCCAAGUGAAUCUGCCAGGUCAUGUGGACAUACCCCCCGAUGACAUGAUCGUUCUUUGCAACAGUGUCCCUCACUGUAUUAAUGUGCACACUCUUCAUCACCCACCAAACUCUAUUACAUAUUUGCUGACUAAAAUCUCUAUAAGGGCACUAUAAAUGCUUGGAUCAGGUUUAUUCUGUGUUACAAGACAUCAUAUUUGUUUUUCUUUUACAAACCAGUCAUGUGCCAAUUUGUGUCCAGUACGUUUUAACAUUUUUAUAUGGACACUUCACUCUCAGAAAUCAAUAUUGCAUUUGAACUCUGUCAAAAGUGUUCAUCAGAUCUAGCAGUUGUAAUGCAUUUUAUAUUGAUUAUAAUGGUACAAAUGUAUGUAAGAUCUCAUCCUAGUGGGGAUUUUUUUCUUCUUCCAAGAGCAGUAAUUUUUUGCCUUUACAGCUUUUGAUACUUAUGGCAUUCCCUCAACAAACUUAAUGAGUUAUCUACCUGGGAUGCUUUUUAAACAGUAUUGAAGGAGUUUCUGUUAUCACAAGCCCUUUUGACAUUUAAUCACGUGCAGGAUAAGAAUUAUAGAUAUCUUAUUACAUUUUCACUAGUUAAAAUGCUACUUAUUGAUAUCUGUAAAUGCAUUUCAACACUAGAUUUGGUAUUUCAGAUAUUUGGACUUGGAUUUCAGAUAUCAUUGAUUGAAGAGUAAUUAAAAAUAUAUUAAAAGGCUUUCUUACUAGUUACAAUAACAUACUGUAUAUACAUACAGAUACAGUAUAUGAUAUUAACAUUGCCACUAGUGAAAACCAAAUUACAGAUAUAAACAUUUAGCAUUUUUUUCUAAUUCAGUUGUUGAUUUCAGGAAUAGACAUUUGCACAAGUAACAAUGUAGAUGUUAAUUUAAAAAAUGAUCGAUUUUACUAAUAAGUACAACAUUGCUGAUUUGUAAAACUGGAAUUUCAACUAGUAAGAAAGUAAUUAUAGACAUCUGUUAUUGCAUUUUUAACAGGAGUGAAUUAAAGAUCAUUGUAACAUUCUAAUGAAAAUGCAGUUACAGAUAUCAAUAAUUAGGUUUUUUAGUAGCUGAAAAGUUUUUACUAGAGCAAACCUAAUUGCUGAUUUCAAAAAUGAGUAUUUUUACUAGAAGUAAUUCCAUUGCUGAUCUCAAGAAUUUGCAUUUUAACUAGUGAAAAUUUUUUUUUUUUAUAUCAAGAAUUAACAUUUUUACUAGUGCAUAUGUAUUUACUGAUUUCAAGAAUUAGCAUUUUUGCUAGUAAUUCCAUUGCUGAUAUCAAUAAUUAGCAUUUUAAUGAGUGAAAAUUCAAUUGUAAAUAUCUAUAAUUCAUAGCAUGCAUGUGAUUAAACGUCAAAAUGGCUUAAGAUAUACUGGGCACUUGUUGGCUGUUUUUCCUUCACUAUCCAAAUUAUUUAUGUUCAAAAGCAUUCAAGUUAGUUUUUAUUUUGUAAAGAAAUUCAUAUGUUGGCACAAUGUAUAUUUGUCUUCAAAACUUACUUCAAGCAUUUAAGAAUAAACCUUUAGAUCAAAAUGUCUAUAUUUUUGAUUGGUAGUGUAGCAUUUACCCAGGGGCAUUUCCUCGUUUUUUUAAGAGGUGGGUAUCCUGUCUUGUAGGGGUAUCCUCAACUGUGCAUGCUUUCUCUAAAUAACCAUUUAAUCUACUUUACUUUAAAGGUCAGAAACCACCAUUAAUCAAGGCAGUGGGUCUGGGACAGCAGCUUCCUCUAUGGUCAUCAACUGAUCUAAUAGGACUUUAUGUCUACAGAGUAAGAUCAGUUUAAAGAACAGGGCUAAACUGCAGUGGCAGGUACUCAGAAUCCUUUACGGUGGCUCCCCCUCCUCAUUCGAUGAUCCAUCUACCCCCACAUGCAUUCGAACCAUGAGUUUACUUCCUCCCAUUACUUAAUAACUGCUCGGUCUCUGUACCACCAGUAAGGAUAUACGGCAGUGAGGAUAUAUGACUGGAUGCAUGUGCUCACAGAUGCUGACCUUGUCACUUGUGCUGUCAGUCCGCUGAUGAAUUCAUGGAGUGAAAUAGAGAGGGAAGGUAGUGUGAAAAAGGAGCAUUCAGUCUGGGUAUGUGCACAACAACUCCACACAUGGAGUGUCCAUUCCAAAUGAGGAUGGAUCUUAUUUUGAGGACGUGGUGCUUCAUAAGCUGACAUACCAGCCUUCAUGUAAUUUAAAGCUGUAAUUUUUCCUUGAAUCUGUGGAUUUUUCAGGGUGUCAGAAGCAGGAUGGAGACAAAAUGGGGGAUGGAUGGUUUAACUUGCACUAUUUACUUGCACUUAAAGGGAUGCUAAAAAUUAAAUAAAUAAAUAAUUAGAUUGAGAAUGUCUUGCUUCCUGUUCAUAAAAUUAAAGGAAUAUUCUGGGUUCAAUACAAGUUUAGCUCAAUUGGUAGCAUUUUUAUUUUUUUUAUCCCC